AUGUCGCAAUUGAGCCAGACCAUUGACCAGUCCCGAAACAAGAUCAUGAGUACUGUACGGACACUUUUUGUCAGCGGUCUUCCUGUGGACAUCAAGCCCCGAGAGCUUUACCUCCUUUUCCGGCCAUUCAAGGGAUAUGAAGGAUCGCUGAUCAAAUUAACAUCAAAACAGCCGGUAGGCUUUGUUACUUUCGACAGCCGUUCUGGUGCAGAAGCUGCAAAGAAUGCCUUGAAUGGGAUCCGCUUUGACCCAGAGAAUCCCCAGACGCUGCGGUUAGAGUUUGCUAAGGCUAACACCAAGAUGGCAAAGAGCAAGCUGAUGGCCACACCAAACCCCACCAACCUCCACCCUGCCCUAGGCGCACACUUCAUUGCACGAGACCCUUAUGAUCUGACUGGAGCUGCGCUGAUUCCAGCAUCUCCAGAGGCAUGGGCUCCCUACCCCCUCUACACCACAGAGCUAACCCCUGCCAUUCCACAUGCUGCGUUCACGUAUCCAGCUGCCGCCGCCGCCGCUGCUGCCCUUCACGCUCAGAUGCGCUGGUACCCUCCUUCUGAUGCUACCCAGCAAGGAUGGAAGUCCCGUCAGUUCUGUUAGUUUUAAGCUGCUUCUUGGCCCACAUUUUCCCCUCCUGUCUCUCCAUGAAGUAAUGCAUGAAGGAUGAAGGAGUCUCUGGGAACCUUCUCUCUCGGCCUUUUCUGUGGACACCGUCAAAGUGCCCGACUCCAGUAACUUGGCCCUGUUAUGAAUGAAGCUGUGGAUUUCCCCCUCCAAAACUGUGAACGUGAUCUCCUCCAUCUCUUCCCCAGUGUCAUGGCUGCGUUCUCCUGUUUCCCUGACUUCCCCCCCAAAUCUGCUAAGCCCCACCACUCUCCCAUUGCUGAGUUUCUCCUCCUGCUAUACUGAGUCCUUUCAGGAGAAACCCAACCUUGUUGAUAGACCCCUUUGGUGUGGGCGUGUGUGUAUGUGUGUUCCCAGCUGGGAUGCUGGCACUAAACGUGGCCUAGCUGUGUACAGUGCAAUAUCCAGACUUUUCUUAUCCUGAGCGUUGUUUAUGCAGUUCUGCUGAAGGAAGCAAAAGACAAUCGGUUUUGCAUGUUUUCUGGCAUGAAUUUAAAACACUUUAACUUGGUGGGUGUGUGAGUGUGCAAAACUUGUUUUUGGUCUAGCAUUUGUGUAACCAUAGCAGUAGAUCUUGGACUAACUAUCGAUCACUAAACUUUUUCUUGCUUCUCUCAAGACUUGGCUUCUGAAAAACACUAUUUACUUUUUCCCCCCUCUCUUCUCUUCUUCCUCUUCCCUCUCGCCUAGGGUUUCUUUCCCAUGUUCAGCCUUGACUAGAAUUUGAAAUAAAAAAGUUUCUUCUCAAAAGUACAGUACACUGGGUUUCUGGUCCAUUUUGCCCUUCCCCAGUUUAAGUCAGGGUUGUUUUUAUGUUAUUGUUUUUCUGUCAGACUUCUAUAUAUAGAACAGCUGUAAAAUAUUUAACCUUUUUUCCCACAUCCCUCUGAUUGGAGAGAAUCCAGUCUUGCCAACUCAGCAAUCCUUAUGGGAAUACCGAACAAAGAUGUACGAGUAUUUUUGUACCAUGUGUAAUAAGGAAAUAUUUAUGCAUCAUAAAAAGAUUUUGUGUGGUUUUUGUGCAAUUAAUUAUUAAAGAGAAAAAUAACUGUAAUCUGUAAGAUAAGUUUAAUGUUUAGUUAAAAGCUUGAAGAGAAAGACUUUUUUUCUGUAACUGAUUCAGUCAGGCAUAGUAACAAGAAAUUGCACAAUUUUUUUUUGUUGAUAUUUUAUUGCUUGGUAUUUGGAAGUCCUUUAAGUAUUAUAUUGAACCAUGGCUGUCUCGCUUGUAUUAAGAUUGUUGAAUAAGUUGCUAUAUCCUUUGAGAAUGUGAAACUGGAUAAUAUAUGAAUUGUACUCA